CAGUUUUAAAAGUGGUGCCUCAUAUUAUCACGUUAUUAGUGAGUGGGUUCCAUUAUUUCCACCAAAGACGUAUUAGGCACUGGUUAUGCAUUUCUUAGCUCGUUUUACCAGGUUGGAUUGGUUCUGCUUAUCAAUAAUCCAUGCAGAGUGCCGGGACUUCCGCACGAUGUGAGCCCUGAGCUGGCCGUGUUGGCUUUGUAAUGCUUAGGAAAUGUUCCCACAAUCUUCCUACUCCCAUUGCACUGACCAAACAGAGCGCCGCCGCCCUGCUCCGCUCAUGCUCCGGCAGCCCGGACCAGCUCAAGCAGCUCCACUCCGUCCUCCUCACCACCGGCCUCUCUGUCAAGAACAGCCUCCUCACCGGCCUCCUCGUUGCCCUUAUAAACCUGGGCGACUUCCGCUAUGCCCGCAAGCUGUUCGAUGGAAUGCACAAGCCAAGAGUCUUCCUCUGGAACACCCUCAUCAGAGGCUAUUCCAAGAACGAAAUGCCCGUCGAGUCUGUCUCCCUCUAUAAGCAGAUGGCCAGUCUUGGGGUCCGCCCAGACGAGUUCACGCAUCCCUUUGUCUUGAAAGCCUGCUCGGACUUGCCCGAGCCAUGGGCAGGGUGUGCGGUCCAUGCCCACGUGGUGAAACACGGGCUCGAGUUUUUCACUGAGGUGAGGAAUGAGCUCAUGAUCAUGUGUGCAAAGUUCGGAGAUGUGGGUUCUGCAGAUUACUUAUUUGGUAGCAUGAUUGAGAGAGAUCUUGUGGCCUGGAAUGCCUUUAUUGCUACCUGCGUGCAAGUUGGCCAUGCUAGUAGGGCACUGACAUUGUUCCGUGAAAUGGGACCUGCAGGGAUCAGGCCGGAUGCUGUGACAGUUGUGGGUGUGCUCUCGGCCUGUGGGCAGUUGGGGUGUUUGGAGACCGGAGAAAAGAUUUACGAGUAUGCUCGAAGCGAGGGGAUCGUAAUUGGUAGCAGCAACAUGAUUGUUGAGAAUGCGAGGCUCGAUAUGUACAUGAAAUGCGGGUCCACCGGUAAAGCACGAUCUCUGUUCAAUCAGAUGCCUCAUAGGAAUGUUAUUACUUGGAGCACGAUGAUUGUUGGGUAUGCCACCAAUGGAGACAGCGAACAGGCUCUGGCUCUAUUCUCGAAAAUGCAGAACAGUGGGCCGAGCCCAAACCACGUGACCUAUCUGGGAGCAUUGCUAGCAUGUGCCCAUGCAGGGCUCGUGGAACAGGGCAGGGCUUUCUUUAAUGCAAUGGUCCGAUCGCGAAGUAAGGACAUUCAACCGAGAAAGGAACACUAUGCUUGUAUGGUCGAUAUGCUGGGCCGAGCUGGGAAUCUCGAGGAGGCUUAUGAGUUUAUCACGAGCAUGCCCACCGAGCCUGACUCAGGAGUCUGGGGAGCUUUACUGGGUGCCUGUGCCAUCCAUAAGAAUGUGAAGUUGGGUCAAGUUGCAGCUGAUAAGCUGUUUUUGUUAGCCCCGGAGGUUGCAUCCUAUCAGGUAUUGCUGUCCAAUAUGUAUGCUUCAGGAGGGAGGUGGGGCUCCGUGGAUAGAUUGCGACUGCGAAUCAGAAAGAAAGGAAUCAAGAAAGUCAUGGGUUACAGCACAGUCGAGUUCAACGGCGAAAUCCAUGUUUUCUACAGGGGCGACAGGUCCCACCCGCAAGCAAGAAAUAUAUAUCAGAAGUUGGAAGAACUAUAUGCAAAGAUGAAGGGCUUCGGGUACAUUCAGGAAGUCGGUUCAGUAUACCACGACGUGGAGGUGGAGGAGAAGGAAGCAAUGACCAGUGUCCACAGCGAGAAGCUAGCGAUCGCGUUCACCCUCGUCAUCAAUGAAGUGCCUGAAUCGCCCAUACGGGUUAUUAAGAACCUAAGGACAUGUGAGGAUUGCCAUAAUUUCUGCAAGUUCGUAUCGAGGAUUAGCAUGAGGGAGAUUGUCAUGAGAGAUAAGAGCAGGUUUCACCAUUUUCGGGACGGGACAUGUUCUUGCAAGGAUUUCUGGUGAAGAUUUGGGUAGUUCUCCCCCCGCCUUUACAUAUUCCUUAUGUGAAACAUGAGUCUGUUCUCGUCGGAGAGUCGUACAUCGGGGCCGCCCGAGUGAAAAUGACUUAAUCGUCAGCGAAAGGCAGUCAAAUCUCUUAUGAAAAAAUGAUCACGGAAACUUGAUAUAAGAAACUGGGAAGUCUCUUUCUGAUAGUCGCAUUACUCUUCCUAUGAAAAAUGAAACAAAAUUAAAUUUGUUUACAAUC